GUUUCAUGAGUUGCCAUUGCUGAAAAUUUUAUCACUUGGUCGCCAACCUUCUAUGAUAAUUUUAACCCAGCUUAGCUGGGCUUCUUUUCAAUUGAGAGGAUUUGCUGAGACUCUAUGGGAAGAAUUUCUGUGUAGAGGCUCCACAGCCUUCAGGAUCUCAUGGUCUCCUUCACACCAUUCUGAGCUCAAAUUCUGAAGCAUGAAAUGAUUUAUUCACAAGACCAUGAAAGUUGGAUUUAAGACCAUCCUUCUAUCAGAAGUUUCCUUCAUUAUGCUUUAUACUUUGCUGUCUCCCUCCCUUGCUUGUAGGACUUACUUACAAUUUCCCAUGACUCAAUGGACUCCUGAUUGUAACAGACUCUAUACCUUAAAAGCGGAUAUGAAGAGUGAGGUACCUUCUGAUGCACCAAAGACACAGGAGAGUCUAAAAGGGAUCCUCUUGCACCCUGAGCCCAUCGGGGCAGCCAAAAGUUUCCCUGCAGAAGUUGAGAUGAUCGCUAGUAAAGUAGAGAAUGAAUUCUCUCACUUGUGUGAUGAUUCUCAAAAACAAGAAAAAGACAUGAAUAGUAACCAACAAGACCAAGAAAAAGGUAUUGUUGUAAGGAAAAAGCGCAAGAGUCAGCAGGCUGGCCCUUCGUAUGCCCAAAACUGUGUUGUUAAAGAAAGCCAGGGAAUGUUAGGAUUGAGGCAACACCUGGAAACCCAGAGCGACGAAGAUAAUGAUUCUUCUUUUAGUGAUUGUGUUUCUUCCCCUUCAUCUAGUCUUCAUUUUGGAGAUUCUGACACAGUAACAUCUGAUGAAGACAAGGAAGUAUCCGUUAGGCACUCCCAGGCAAUACUGAAUGCUAAAAGUAGAACUCAUGGUUCUCGGUCACAAAAGUGGCCUCGGACUGAGACAGAAUCUGUUUCAGGAUUAUUGAUGAAAAGGCCCUGUUUUCAUACUAAUUCAUUAAGAAGACUUCCAUGUAGAAAGAGAUUUGUGAAAAAUUCUUCACAAAGGACACAGAAACAAAAGGAGAGAAUUUUAAUGCAGAGGAAAAAACGGGAGGUCCGCAGAAAGUAUGCAUUACUCCCUAGCUCUAGCAGUUCUAGUGAGAAUGACCUCAGUAGUGAAUCCUCUUCUAGCUCUUCCACUGAAGGAGAGGAAGACUUAUUUGUGUCGACCAGUGAAAACCACCAAAACAGUGCAACCAUUCCCUCAGGAAAUAUUGAUGAGGAUGUUGUGGUGAUUGAAGCAUCCUCCACUCCACAGGUCACUGCCAAUGAAGAAAUUAAUGUUACCUCAACUGACAGUGAGGUGGAGAUUGUAACAGUUGGUGAAAGCUACCGGUCUCGUUCAUCAGUUGGACACUCCAGAUCUCACUGGGGCCAAGGCUCAAAUUCUCAUACUACUCGGCCACAGGAGCCACGAAACCGUAGUAGAAUUUCUACAGUUAUACAGCCCUUGAGGCAGAAUGCAGCAGAAGUUGUGGACCUUACUGUGGAUGAAGAUGAACCCACAGUAGUACCAACCACCUCUGCUAGAGUGGAAUCCCAGGUUGUGAGUUCUUCCAAUAACAAUUCAAAUGCAUCUACCUCAGAGCAGGCCUCUGAAGCUACUUCAGCUGUCUCCAGUACCCAGCCCUCUGUAGUGUCAGAAACUUCUGCCCUUCCCAGCAAUAGCUCUGCUGGUACUUCAACAGGAGAUGAUAUAAGGAGAACCACAUCUAGUGCUGUAAUGGAGACUGGCCCUCCUGCAAUGCCAAGGUUACCUUCAUGUUGCCCUCAGCACUCACCAUGUGGAGGGUCAUCACAAAAUCUCCAUGGAAUAGGGCAUCCCCACACAAGUUGUUUUCAACAGCAUGGACACCACUUUCAACAUCAUCACCACCACCACCAUACUCCUCACCCUGCUGUUCCAAUUUCUCCUUCGUUCAGUGAGCCUAGUUGUCCCGUGGAAAGACCUCCACAAGUGCAGGCACCAUGUGGAGCAAGUAGUAGUUCUGCUACCAGCUACCAUGACCAGCAGGCUUUACCAGUAGACCUGAGCAACAAUGGUAUCAGAAGUCAUGGAAAUGGUGGCUUUCAUGGAGCAUCUGCCUUUGAUCCUUGCUGCCCUGUUUCUUCUUCACGAGCUGCAAUUUUUGGCCACCAGGCUAGUGCUGGCCCAAGCCAGCCAAUUUCAGUGGAUGGUUAUGGAUCAAGUGUGGUUGCACAGCCUCAACCCCAGGCUCCUCCACAAGCCUCCCUUUCGUCAUGCCGACAUUAUAUGCCACCCCCUUAUCCUUCUUUGACCAGACCACUUCAUCAUCAAACAUCUGCAUGCCCCCACUCUCACGGGAACCCUCCUUCUCAGACUCAACCUCCAACUCAAGUGGAUUAUGUUAUUCCUCAUCCUGUACAUCCCUUCCAUACUCAGAUUACUUCACAUACUGCAUCUCAUCCUGUGCCUCCUCCACCCCCAACUCACCAUUUAAGCAGUACAGCUGCUCCAAUUCCUCAGCAUCUCCCACCUACACACCAGCCAAUUUCACAUCAUAUCCCUGCUACAGCACCUUCAGCACAGAGGCUACAUCCUCAUGAAGUGAUCCAGAGGAUGGAGGUCCAAAGAAGAAGAAUGAUGCAACAUCCAACGAGGGCCCAUGAGCGCCCUCCACCCCAUCCACAUCGGAUGCACCCAAACUAUGGUCAUGGGCAUCACAUCCAUGUGCCUCAGACAAUGUCUUCCCAUCCUCGACAAGCUGCAGAAAGGUCUGCUUGGGAAUUGGGAAUUGAAGCUGGAGUGACUGCAGGGACAUAUCCUCCAGGUGCACUGCAUCCUCUGGCUCAUUACCAUGCACCUCCUCGACUUCAUCAUUUACAACUAGGAGCUCUUCCAUUAAUGGUUCCAGACAUGGCAGGCUAUCCUCACAUCCGUUACAUUUCAUCAGGAUUGGAUGGAACAUCAUUUAGAGGCCCUUUCAGGGGCAAUUUUGAGGAACUGAUUCAUUUGGAAGAGCGGUUAGGAAAUGUCAAUCGUGGAGCUUCCCAGGGAACAAUUGAAAGAUGUACAUACCCACACAAAUACAAAAAGAGGAAACUGCACUGCAAACAAGAUGGGGAAGAGGGAACUGAGGAAGACACAGAGGAAAAAUGUACCAUUUGUUUGUCUAUUUUAGAGGAAGGUGAAGAUGUGAGGCGCCUUCCAUGUAUGCACCUUUUCCACCAAGUGUGUGUCGACCAGUGGUUAAUUACUAAUAAGAAGUGCCCCAUUUGCAGAGUGGACAUUGAAGCUCAGCUGCCAAGUGAAAGUUGACACCAUUUUCCCAGAACUCUUGCCCUCCCUCCCAUUCCUAUCCUUUCUGGUACUGCAGUCAACCAAAGAUGGCAUGACUUACCUGCGCAGAUUUGAAAGCAUUGAACUUAAAGAGUGCUGGCUCUGCUACAUGGUACAACUAAUGCUAGACCUACAGUUUGUGUAUACAGUUGAUUUAAUGUAUUUAUAAAAGCUUUUUUUUUUUUAGAUUUUACAUUUCCCUUUUUAUUUUACUGUAUUUUUGCAUGGUUCCUUGUAUUGAUUGCAUUUCUUUGCACAUAUUAUGGGCUUUGUGACCCUAAACUUGCAGGCAAGAUUAGCUGCUUUAGAAAGUAGAAUUGUGUGGUCCUUUUGUUUUUACAUAGUACCAAGCUUUGAGAAUUAUGAUUUCAUCCAUUACUAACCUUGAAUUUGUUAAUUUAAUCAAUCAUGUAUUUUAGUUUACUGUAUAAAGAUGAACUAGAAAAUGAUAAUAUUGUGUAUUAAGACAUUCCUUAAGUAGGACAAAAGGGCUGCUGUAUAUUUACAAUAUGAGUUCUGAGUUAAAAACCAUCCUUAAUACUGGGAACAGAAUACAAAUUAUAUUCAGUCAGAUGCAGGUGGCAUACUCAUCACCAGAGUGAUCGAUUUGAACCUUCUUGGUGUAUCCUUUUAAAUUUCCUUUCAGCACAAUGCAGAUAUAGAUGAAUAUCGAUAUUAUAUACUUAUACUGCUGUUCUGAUUGUAUUUAUCUUUUUUCUUACAUUGUCGAGAAAUUUGAUUCCCUGAUUUAAUUUCCCUGCUGUAAAACAGCUCUAACGAACACUAAAUAUUAAUUUCCAUUAGCUGGAUUGUAUAUACUUGCAGAUUUAAUGAAUUUUUAGGGAAACUGAAAAAAGACAUGUAGAAUUUUGUUCUUCAGUCUUCAGCUAAAGCACGUCUAGUUAAGAUAUCUGCUUACAUUGGUUUUGUAAACACAUUCAAUCAAGAUUUAGAAUUGCAAUUGUUGGCAGGUAUCCAUGCAUUCAUAGAACUUCUAAAAAGGUCCCAGGAUCAUCUUCAAGGGAUUUUUAUUAGUUAAAAGUUAAUAAAGUUAGCUAAAUCUACAUGUCUCUUGUUUUAUUUCUCACUAAACUUGAAAAACUAUAAAUCUGCAGAUACUUACUGUGAGGCACAAAUUAUGCUGUUACCUAGUGUUGCUCUGGUUAUAGAAUUCCACUGUAUACAUUGCCAACAGUCAAUCACUGGUUUAAAAAUAUUAAUUUCUAUAGUUAAGAUUUGCUGAAUAAUAUAGUAUAUAGAGUUAAGUUAAUGUACUAACAUUUCUCCUUUGGAGGAAGUUUUAAUCCACGUCAGGAUGCAAAUUCCUUAUCAAAAUACUUUCAUAUUACAGAAUAGCAUAGUUUAUUUGUUUAAAUGUGCUCAGUAAUGCCCCAAGUUGCAAAUGCAUCCAGACAGUGUUACUGUCAUAAUGUGGAAGACAUGUUCCUAUGGAUCAUAUGUGAAGAUGUCAAUAAGCUUGCAUUAAGCCACCUGCUUUGUAAGUGGAUUGAUUAAUAAAUACCUUCAAUUUCCAUUGUUCUUGUUUUUUCAUAGUGUGUGUAAAGCAACAUCAAAAACCAUGAGAUAAAGAAUGCUUUUUAAAUUGUGUUAUAGCUUCAUGUUUGAAUCUGCCCAAUUUGCUGUUUUGUCUUUAUUAAAUUAAGGUUACUUACCUUUUUUCAUCCUCUUUUUUAGGGGGGUGGGGGGAGGCAGCAGUUCUUACAGUUAAAGACAGCAUGGUAUAGUAGUGGAUAAAGGGGGUCAGCUUGAAAUCAGGAAGACCUAUUUCAAGGCCUACCUAUAAUGCCUAUCAGGUGUUUAACCCUGGGCAAGUCACUUCCCCAGGCAACUCUCCUAUCAUAAAUUAAAGAGAGCUACUGAGUGUUGAUGAUCUCCAUUGGUGUGGAAAGAUUUACUACAAGAAGUAUUCCCCAAGCCAAUGAAAUCACAGCUCUUGCAUAUCCCACCUCUUAUCAACUCCAUGAAACUUAGCCACAUUCUUUUUUUAAUCUGUAGUACAUUAUAAUUUUUUUUCCUUUGAUGCUGAAAUCUAGGGAGAGAAAACUAAUUGUUAGCUAGCUAUUUUUUAAUUAAUUUGCUUUGUGGAGACAAACAAAUCUCAUGGUGAUAUACAUAUUUUCAGAGACAAACUGAAUGAGUUUUAAGCUACAGUUGCAUACGAAGUACGAGGUAGAGGCAAAUUUCCACCUUAAUGGAAUAAAGGACAAGUGGCCUUUCUGUACAUACUAUUCCUGUGAUGGUAUAAAGGAUGUGGGGAAAUAUUCUCUAACUAGUUACUAGAAAACCUGGGUUCCCAGUAAAGGGCUAGAGUGUUUGUACAGUUAAAUCAGAAUUAGGGACACUUGGACGUGUUUGAUAAUGACUACUGUUGAUUUUUUAUUAUUAUUUAGAUAGGACAUUGCUAUUUGUCAUACAAUAAUUUUUAUAAGGGAUUAGCUUCCAUUACUGUUAACGUUGAAGCUCUUAAAUUGAAAUGCUGCCCUUAGAGGAAAAUGAUCCAGGGGGAAAAUAUAUUGCAAGAGUUCCUUCACUUUGUUGUGCUUUAUUUGCUUUGGUGCUUUUCAUUUCCUUGCAUCCAGUAAUU